AUGCAGGACAGUGAGAAGCAGAAUGUCGAAAGCUUCCCGCACAAGGAUGCUGCCUCUGCGGAGGCGUGUCAGCCGAAGGUCGACGAGCCAGAAUGGAAGGCGAGCAAAGAGGUCAUACAGGUCCUCUUUUGUCUGUCCAUCAUUGGUCUAAUGGCUUCGUUGGAUAUGACCAUCUUCCUGCCAAUCCUCCCCCUUAUUGCUGAGGAACUGAAGGGUAAUACCACCAGCACUUUCUGGGUAGGUAGCGCAUACUUGGUCCCAUGUGCAGGUUUCCAACCUGUCUGGGCCUCUCUCUCUGACAUUUUUGGCCGGAGAAAAGCGCUCGUUGCCGCUCUGGGUCUUUUCGUGAUUGGUUCCAUCGUGGGAUGUGUUGCCCACAACAUGGCUACUCUCUUGGCCGGCCGUGUUAUCCAGGGUGUGGGAGGAGGUGGUCUCAUUCCACUUGCGAUGAUUCUAAUCACUGACCUGGUGCCGUUGCGUCAACGACCCAAAUACGCCUCCAUUGUCCAGGUUUCCAUGGCUCUGGGGACUAUUCUCGGCCCUCUGAUUGGCGGCUGUUUUGAGGAGUAUACAAGCCGUUCUACAGGCUGGCGCUGGGUUUUCUACAUCAACUUCCCACUCUCUGCCAUCGCGGGCGUGAUGCUAUUCACGUCAGUGCGAUUUCAAAAGGGCGAAACGCAGUUUCGCUCGGUUGAUUGGAUCGGUCAGACUCUAUUCAUCGCGAGUUUGUCAGUCUUCUUGAUCGGCCUCUCUUGGGGUGGAGUACAGUACUCUUGGGCAAGUUAUCAAACGCUGCUCCCACUAUGUCUCGGUGUGGUUGGCAUCGUUGCAACGGUAUUCUGGGAGUUCCAUGGAACCGACCAUCCGUUCAUCAGACUCUCCAUUCUUAGGGAUCGAUCUUCUUUGGCCGUUUAUGCCUCUGCUAUUGUCCAGGGCACUAUUAUGUACGGCUGCCUGUACUACCUCGCCUUGUGGCUCCAGACCGUCAAAUUAGAGUCUGGCGUCAUGACCGGUGUCGGCCUCCUGCCCGUCUCUGUCGCCCUCAUGCCCACAAGCAUAGCGAUUGCUUUCGUCAUCUCCAAGACCGGUCGGUAUCGUUGGGCCCUCUGGUUCGGGUGGGUAGCUACCGUCGCAGCCACUGGUGUGACCAUCAUCUUGCACGAACACACCAGUACAGCGUCCUGGAUCUUUAUCUUCGCCUUUGUGGGUUUCGGUCACGGAAUCUUGUUCAACGCGCUUCUGGUUGCCGCGCAAGCCUGCGCACCAGCCAAAGACGUUGCAUACGCCGCUUCAAUGUACACUUUUUUCCGGACGCUAGGUUUUGCGAUCGGUGUCAUUAUCGGCUCGACAGUGCUGCAGAACUUCAUGAGGACAAAGUUGGAUGACUUGAGUCUUCCCAGUGCCAUCGCUCAGAACGCGGAGGCUUAUAUCAGUACCCUGAAAACACUACCUGCUGGGAGUUUGCGUGAAGGUGCCAUGCAAGCGUAUGUCUAUGGACUGGACUCCAUUUUUGAGGUGAUGACGGGUAUUGGUGGUCUUGCUCUCUUAGCCACACCACUUGUUGAUGAGCGUACAAUGAACAAGGCUCUGGAGAGUGAUCACAUUUUGCAAGACGCAAAGGUUGAGAAGAAGGGGGAGAAGGAUAAGGAAGAGAAGAUGGAGGAGCAGAUGGAGGCGAAGAAAGAAGAGAAGGAAGAAGAGAAGGAAGAGGCUAAGAAUGAGAAGGAGGAGGAAAGCCUUGCAGUGGGACAUAGAACAGAUGACGACGAUGAAACGAUUAAGGAGAAGAACCUCGAUGAGAAGAACUAA